CUGGGCGGUGCCGGCGCGAGAUUUCCACAUCUGGAUUGUUAACUAGGACAAAUUAUUACCAAUGGCAGUAAAACGUGUUUUCUGGAGGUCAAGGUCUCAUGGACUAGUUGGCUCUCAUUCAGCAGGGACCUAACAAAUAAGUCAUCUUGCUGUUUAUCAAGACAAUGCUUGAGUUUAAACCAUUCUGGAACUGAUUAAAGCAGUGCCACAAUGUAACACUGUCAGGGGGCAGCAGGCAGCUUGAGAAUCUCCUAUUAAUCAAAUAGCAGCUUGAAAAAAGACCCUUUCCAUUACAUAGACUGCAUGGCCAGCAGCCCCCAUUGAAGGGUUGAAAAUGAGUGUCCCAGUGGCUCCUAAGAAAUCGUGUUAUACGCAGUUACGGGACAACAGAAAUGGAGCAAGAAAUAAUAAUGAGAGUAUCCUAAGUCUGGGUGAUACAAACGCCAAUCAAAUCAUGUUGGAGGUCAGUUCUUCUCGUGAUGACUCUGAGACAUGUGACCUGACGGAUGAAAUUGGAAAUGCAAAUUCAAGCAAGCCGGGAAAUAGUACCCUUUUCAAUAAGGAAUUUCAUCAACCUCAGGACUUUGGAAAAGGAUCUCAGCCUGGCCCCACUGGCCUGAAAGAUUUUAAAUUUUCUUUGACUGUUCGUAGAGAACUAAAUGAAGAGCACACAAUGGAGAGAGGCACAGACAUCUCACAGACCCCUCGGAGUAUACAGGGACCAAGCCUGUCAAGUUGGAGGAAUGUUAUGGGUGAGGCCAGCCCAGAAGUUUUGGAUAAAAGGGAUGCUGAAAUUCCCCGGCAUGUUCCCAAGGAUAAACUGGCAAAGACCCUUGACAAUGAAGAAUUGAGAAGGCAUUCUUUGGAGAGGGCUGGCAGCUCUGCUGGUGCUGUGGAUAUACUCACGAGGGAACAUAUUGGGAGCCUAACAUGGCAGCUUCUACAGCCUGCACACCUGGACUCCCCUGAACCCCCACGACAUAUGCCAGGUGGUGAGGAGGGACUUCAAAAGACAUUGACAGUCCAUUCUGCAGGGGCAGGUUUUCCUCCAGUAGACAGUACCUCAGAGGGAAAGAGUAUAUGUCAUCCUAAACCAUCUACCUCAGUAACCAAGGAGACCACCCCUUUAGAGGCCCAGAUGGAGGGGGGACAUGGACUGAAAGUUGGCAGAGAGAGCACAUCACAUUCUUCUUAUCCAGAGCCUGCUCUGAAUUCAGGCUUAAAGGAAGGCCAGAGUAAGUCAGAAGCACAUUUAGGUCAGGGAAAGGGAGAGCUGAAAUUUGCUCAACUGAGAACUGUGCAGGGAUUAAAGUCAGCCCAUGCAGAGUGUCUGGGAGGUCCUAAGGAGGAGGGUAUGUUACCCCUAGAGAGAGAGGAGCCAUGUGGGGAGCCACAUCAUGAGGACACCACUGGGGCACUUAGCAGUCUGUCACUCAGAGGUCUCCACCUUGGUGUGGGAAGAGGCAGGAGUGAACAAGAAAAGCAAAUAGUCAAUGUAGGUGAAGAGGGUUCUCUUCAGACCACUCCCAGACAGGGCCCUGCUACCUUCAGACAUGAUGAUAAUCAGCCCACUGGCAAAAUUUCACCAAGUGCAGCUAGGAGAUUGGGUGAAAAGGUGCCCAGCAGUGUUUCACCAGGUGAUGGUCAUGUAGCUUUUAUUCCUAAUGAUGCAGCUAACAGUGAGGAGAGAGGCAACGUAGACAAUGCUGUGGUUUUUCCCCCAGAUACUUCUGUUGGAGAAAGCAAAAUUGGGGUCCCAAAGCACCAUGACCCUCAAAACAGCAGUUCAGAAGCAGGGGAAAGUAAAGAGAUUGCUCAAGCUGUAGGUGAAAAUAGGAACCUUCUAGAAAACAUAACUAAGACUGAAAGCACCCCAGAGAGAACAGAUUCUCUUCUCAGUGUCCCAGCACCCUUCCACCUAGAGACAACUGUGAAUGUGACCCUCCAACCUACAUUACCCAGUAGCAGCUUCCAGGACUUUGGUGUGUUGGGUGUGGACACGGGAUCAUCCUCUGCUUCCUUACCCUCUACCGAUACCACAUGGUUGUUGAACACUUGCCCAAAAGUGCCUGACAAGAACACCUGUCACAGUGGGAUCCCCAAGCCUGUCUCGACACAUUCCGAGGACACACCUUCCUCUCAGGAGGGAAUGGAGAACCACCAGGUUGAAAAAACAGAAGAAAGGAUGGAACCUAAGCCCAUUGUUAUGCCCAAACCCAAGCAUGUGAGACCCAAGAUCAUCACCUACAUCAGGAGGAACCCGCAGGCCCUAAGUCAGGUGGACACUUCACUGGUUCCAGUGGGGCUCCCUUAUGCCCCACCCCCAUGUAGCAUGCCUCUUCCCAAAGAGGAGAAGGCAGCCAGUGGUGAUCUGAAGGCAUCUACCAGCCUCUACGAGAAAUUCAAGCCAGACUUGCAGAAGCCAAGGGUCUUCAGCUCUGGGUUGAUGGUGUCUGGGAUCAAGCCCCCAGGACAUCAUUUCAGUCAAAUGAGUGAAAAGUUCUUGCAGGAGGUUACAGAACGCCCUGGAAAAGAAGAAUUUUGUUCUCCUUCCUAUACUCACUAUGAAGUUCCUCCAACUUUCUACCGGUCAGCCAUGCUCCUUAAGCCCCAGUUGGGAUUGGGUGCAAUGUCCCGUUUGCCAUCUACCAAGAGCAGAAUUUUGAUUGCAAGUCAAAGAUCUUCAGCAAGCACCAUCCACCCACCAGGAUCCAUAGCAACAGCCACCAGUAUCUACAAUUCUGACCCCACAGCAGAUUUAAAGAAAGCCUCCAAUUCAAAUGCUGCAAAAUCUAAUCUACCGAAAUCUGGGCUUCGCCCUCCUGGAUAUUCACGUCUCCCAGCUGCCAAGCUGGCAGCCUUUGGCUUCGUCCGGAGCUCCAGUGUGUCCUCAGUGUCCAGCACUCAGUCUGUGGACAGCGCACAACCUGAGCAGAACCGCCUGAAUCGUUCAACCUUUGGGAAUGAAGACCAGCCGUCUCUGAAGGCAGCUCUGCCUUCCAAAGAUACACCUAAGGUUUCCAACCGGGUGGCCCCUCCAGCAUCCUCCAGCACAACAGCACCCCGCAGGAGUUUGCUUCCAGCUCCAAAGUCCAUGUCCACACCUGCUGGAACAAAGAAAGAAGUGCAAAAAGAUCAAGAUGUUAAUAAACCUGCUGUUUCAUCACCUAAGAGAAUAGUGGCUUCAACCACCAAGAUUCAUUCUCCAGGAUACCCCAAGCAGAGGACCACGGCUCCCAGAAAUGGGUUUUCCCCCAAGCCAGACCUGCAGACCCGUGAAGCAGAGCGGCAGCUGGUUCAGCGGCUGAAGGAGCGGUGUGAGCAGCAGGCCCGGCAGCUGGGCCUGGCCCAGGGGGAGCUGAGAAAGGCCAUCCGUGGCUUCCAGGCACUUGCCGUGUCCACUCAGCAUUUCUUUGGAAAGAAUGAAAGUGCCCUUGUGAGAAAAGAGCUGUCAAUCGAACUUGCAAACAUCAGGGAUGAAGUUGCCUUCAAUACAGCAAAGUGUGAGAAACUACAAAAGGAGAAGGAGGACCUGGAGAGGCGGUUUGAGGAUGAGGUGAGGAGGCUGGGCUGGCAGCAGCAGGCCGAGCUUCAGGACCUGGAGGAGCGACUGCAUCUGCAAUUCCAGGCAGAGAUGGCCCACCUUCAGGAGGAGCACCAGGCCCAGCUGCUGCGGAUCAGGUGUCAGCACCAGGAGCAGGUGGAAGAUAUCACCAACAGCCACGAGGCUGCUCUCCUGGAGAUGGAAAAUAACCACACGGUUGCCAUCGCCAUCCUGCAGGAUGACCACGACCACAAAGUGCAAGAAUUGAUGUCUACCCAUGAACUUGAAAAGAAAGAAUUGGAAGAAAAUUUUGAAAAGCUGCGACUGUCGUUACAGGACCAGGUGGACACGCUGACCUUCCAAAGCCAGUCUCUGCGGGACCGGGCCAGACGCUUCGAGGAGGCUCUGAGGAAAAACACAGAGGAGCAGCUGGAGGUUGCAUUGGCUCCCUAUCAGCACUUAGAAGAAGACAUGAAGAGUCUGAAGCAGGUGUUAGAGAUGAAGAAUCAGCAAAUACACCAGCAGGAAAAGAAAAUUAUUGAGCUGGAAAAACUGGCAGAAAAGAACAUUAUCCUAGAAGAAAAGAUCCAAGUUCUCCAGCAGCAGAAUGAAGAUCUUAAAGCAAGGAUUGACCAGAACACCGUUGUCACAAGACAACUGUCAGAGGAAAACGCUAAUCUCCAGGAAUAUGUCGAGAAAGAAACCCAGGAGAAGAAGAGACUGAGCCGCACCAACGAAGAGCUACUUUGGAAACUCCAGACUGGGGACCCAACCAGUCCUAUUAAACUGUCCCCCACAUCCCCGGUUUACCGGGGCUCCUCCUCGGGGCCCUCCUCUCCAGCCAGAGUCAGCACGACACCCAGAUGACGCCACCCCGCAACUUAUGGGAGCUGCGUCUCCUGUCCACCCACUGUUUCCAACUCGAGGAAUAGUGACCAUAGGCGGGCCGUGGCCGCCCUGCGCGCAUGCUCAGUAGCUGCAAUAUCUGCAUCCUAGGCGGAGUCGUCUUCUGAUCCCCGUGUAGACUGUCCUGGUGUUGGCACAUAGGAAAGUGUUAACGGUA